AGAGGUUGAGUGUCCGGCUCAGGCCCCCAGGGGCCGAGGACAGACCUGAAUACAUUAGCACCCACAGAGGCCCCUCUCCAGCCUGAGCAGAGGAACCCCCAGUGCAGGGAAUGGGGGUGGGCGGCCCCCCCAGGUUUGGGGCGCCUGCCCCCCGCUAGGACAAAUCUAGAGGGGGUCUCCCCACCUAAUGGGCUUGGCCAGGGCCCUGCGCCGCCUGAGCGGCGCGCUGGAGCCAGGAAACAGUCGAGCUGGUGAUGAGGAGGAGGCGGGGGCCGGGCUGUGCCGCAAUGGGUGGGCGCCUGGGCCAGUAGCUGGGAACCGGCGCCGUGGACGCUUCGUCAAAAAAGAUGGGCACUGCAAUGUGCGCUUCGUGAAUCUGGGUGGCCAGGGCGCGCGCUACCUAAGUGACCUGUUCACCACAUGUGUGGACGUGCGCUGGCGCUGGAUGUGCCUGCUCUUCUCCUGUUCCUUCCUCGCCUCCUGGUUGCUCUUCGGCCUGACCUUCUGGCUCAUCGCCUCGCUGCACGGCGACCUGGCUGCCCCGCCACCACCGGCUCCCUGUUUCUCGCAAGUGGCCAGCUUCCUGGCUGCCUUCCUCUUUGCACUGGAGACACAGACGUCCAUAGGCUAUGGUGUGCGCAGCGUCACCGAAGAGUGUCCAGCUGCUGUGGCCGCUGUGGUGCUGCAGUGCAUCGCAGGCUGUGUGCUCGACGCCUUCGUCGUGGGUGCAGUUAUGGCCAAGAUGGCCAAGCCCAAGAAACGCAACGAGACACUGGUCUUCAGUGAGAACGCAGUGGUGGCUCUGCGAGACCGCCGGCUCUGUCUCAUGUGGCGGGUGGGCAACCUGCGCCGAAGUCACCUGGUGGAGGCGCACGUGCGGGCCCAGCUGCUGCAGCCCCGUGUGACCCCAGAGGGCGAGUACAUCCCACUGGACCACCAGGAUGUGGAUGUUGGUUUUGACGGAGGCACCGAUCGCAUCUUCCUCGUAUCCCCCAUUACCAUUGUGCAUGAGAUUGACUCUGCCAGUCCACUGUAUGAGCUGGGGCGGGCCGAGCUGGCCCGGGCUGACUUCGAGCUGGUGGUCAUUCUUGAAGGUAUGGUUGAGGCCACAGCCAUGACUACACAAUGCCGCUCAUCUUACCUCCCAGGUGAGCUGCUCUGGGGACAUCGCUUUGAGCCAGUCCUCUUCCAGCGUGGCUCCCAGUAUGAGGUUGACUAUCGACACUUCCACCGAACGUAUGAGGUCCCGGGGACGCCAGUCUGCAGUGCCAAGGAGCUGGAUGAGCGGGCAGAGCAGGCUUCUCACAGCCCUAAGUCAAGUUUUCCUGGCUCCCUUGCUGCAUUUUGUUAUGAGAAUGAACUAGCGCUGAGCUGCUGCCAGGAGGAAGAUGAAGAAGAGGACACUAAGGAGGGGACUUCAGCAGAGACCCCAGAUAGGGCUGCCAGCCCCCAAGCUCUUACACCAACCCUGGCACUGACCCUGCCUCCAUGACAUAGCUGAGGCCCACUUCCCCAUGUGACACCCCUUCCCAAAGAUGACAGGGAUGGAGAGCUUCCGGCCUCUGAUGGGAGUGGGACAGGGGUUUCUCAGGACCAGUGGCCUGCUGAGAUAACCAUUAACCAUGAGAAUGUCUACCACAGAUAUACUACACCUUUACUUCUCUGCUCCAGUCUCACUCCCGAGACCCCCUUAUGAGCUGGAUUCCCACGUCUUACCAGAGCUGAGGGAUCAGAUUUCUGGACCAUACAAGAGACAAGGUGUGGAGGCUGGAUUUUGGUUGGACAUCAGUGAGAGCCUCAGGGAGGAAGGUGUCAAUUUAUACAGAUCGAGGAACAGAGAUUCAAGCAAUGAUAGAAUACUCCAAGGAUUCAGGAUCAUCAUAAUUGACCAAAGAUAGAACAGUGACUGGACUGCAUGUGGAGAAAAGGCCCGGUGGCUCCAAAGAGCCCAAGAGUUGAGAUUCUCUUGAGUCUGGGUUGACACUGGGGAUUCUAAAACAUGUUGGCUAGAGGAGAGUGGAGCUGCUCUAGAAACCACAAAGCUAUGUUUCUAGAAUACACAGAACAUUGGUAGGUUUCUCAGUUUGGAAGGACUAAGGUUCCAGAUGCUGGAGGACUCUGGAGUAUUGGCUGUUUAGGGUCCGACUGAGGGGGUGGUUCUGGCUUCACCACGAUCCACAGGGUGAAUUUUGUUUUUGCUUGAAGUGCCAUUCUUAGAACAUCCAAAGGAAUCAAGAUUCUAUGGUUCGGGGUUGGUCAGAGUCCAGGUAGGAUUCUAAAUGAUUUGCUGGCUCCACUUUGCCCAUCAGGGUUGAGGAUCUCUAUGAUCGUGGGUAGCUUUCUGUGGUUCUGUAAUGCCAAAAGGAAUCGAAACUCCAGGGACCAGAGCUGUCCUUCCCCAAAGCUUAGAAGUCUAGUCACCUUCAGAUGGGCAGCCUGAUAAACUCUAGGAGGCAGACACUGUUCCCCGUGGAGCUUGCAAGCAAGAGCCUAGACAAUCACGGGGCUAGCUAACGGAAAAGGGAAGGAAGAGGCUGAGGCUGGCAAGCCUAAAAUAUUCUGGAUGACGAUACCUAGUGAUGUGUGUCUAUUUCUCAGAUGCUAUGCGUACGUGUAUUAUAUAUGAUAUGAAUACAGAUCUCUAUCUUU